AUGGUCUCUGAAACUCCUCCACAGAAGUCACCCUCGUCGUCUGAGUCUUUCAGAGCUCUUUUAGGCAAGCGUCCUUUGUCUACGUCCAAUGUAGACGGGGACGAGGAGAACCGUCGGAAAGAUCCGAAGAUUAGUAGGGCUUGUGACACCUGUAAGAGAAAGAAGAUACGAGGGCGGCCUCCAACUCCCCCACAUUCAACCACAAUCAAUGAAGUCAAUGAACGCCAACAGAGACCGCGGAGUGAUAAUUUAAACGACCUUUCUAUCUGGCAGCAACCAUCACCUGUCGUUAAUGAUGUUUCGGCUUCACAAGUGCUUUCUCGCCCCUCGCCUGAAAUCGAAAUCGAGGGUCAAUAUGUUGACCCUACCUCGGGAUUGAACUUUCUACACCGAGCGUGGAAAAAGUUGUUGAUCCAAAAGGAUGAGUCUGCAUCAUAUGACCAGAACGACAUGGAGCGAAAUCAACUUCUCACUUCGGCCGGAGACCGCCCGUUUCACGUCGACGAUAGCGCAUCGGAUGGCUUCAUUCCAGAUGCCGGGACCGCGAGAAACCUACAGGAGUUCUAUUUUGAAACGUGUGUUGUGACCUACCGUAUUUUCCACCGACAAACGGUUGAAGGCUGGAUGGAAAUGUUCCUGAAAGAUCGACAGUUAGGAAAGCCGAUUGCUCAGUCCAUUGGCAAUUCCAGGACUGCGAUCCUUCUUACCAUCAUGGCCAUCGCGACCCUGCGCCUUGCGAAAGUUCAUGGGGAGAUGUCCACGGAAGAGGAGUCACUCGUUCUACAACGCAGCGACGACUUGUUCUGUGCUGGUAUGAGAUUAACCGAAACGGAGAUGGGGUUCCCUCGCCUCGAGUCAGCGCAGGCACGUCUCAUCCAAGUCCUCUAUCUUCUUCAAACAGCUCGUAUGAAUAAAGGCUGGUACACAUUCGGGAAUGCAUUCCAUAUCACUCUCUCCUUGGGUAUGCACAGGAGACGCGAUCAAAAGCGAGACUUUCCUUUCACGAGCAAACGACAAAAUUACAUUACUUCAGAGUGCUAUAAGCGCACCUUCUGGGUGGCGUACAUCAUCGACAAAUAUCUUAGUGUUGUAUUUGGCCGGCCUCGACUUUAUCAAGAUGGGGAUAUUGAUCAGAACUUUCCAGAUAACAUCAACGAUGAGGACAUGACGCCACAGGGACCUUCCAUCUCAGAGGACUCAGCUGAUUGUUAUAUUUAUGCUCUCAUAUUUCAUGCGAAAAUUGCACGAAUAAUUGGAAAGGUGUCACGGGAGGUAUACUCAGUCAGCGACCUCUCCAACCAAGAUCGCUUGGCAGCUGCCCAUCAAUCUAGCCGCGAAUUACAUGAAUGGCAUGCGAGCCUGCCACCACACUUAGGUACUGUGAAACCAUCAACAUUGGUCCCCAGUUUCCGGCGUCAGGCUAUCGCCUUGCAACUAGCGUAUUCCCAUGCUCUCAUUCACACCAAUCGGCCCUUCCUCUUGACUGAGGGAGGGUCUGAGAAUGUCAUCGAAUGCAUCUCUGCCACCAAGGCUAGUUUAGAGCUCGUCAACAGAAUGGCUGGAGAUAAUACGCUUCUUCAUUCUUUCUGGUGGACACAUUAUGUCAUCUUCUGUGCACUGGCAGUGGUCUAUGUUUGGGAAAUUCAGCGAACCACAAGACCCACGAACGAGAUUGAUAAUCACUCCGUAGGUAAGAUGUUUGAUCUCGCGGAGAAAUGCCAUGGCCAUCUCAAGCGAGCAUCUACCGGUCUAUCGCAAAACAAACGAUACAGCAUCAUACUGGACGAACUGAGAUCUGAGGCCCAGAGAUGUCGAAUGGGGAAUCUGCCACAUCCACACCAAGGCGGUCGUCCCAAUGGCGAAAACAACGCCAACACUGAUACUAGCUUUCCAUUCUUGCAGGAUUCGGAUAUGUUCGGGUCUGCGAGCGUUCAGGAAGAGAUCAUGCCGAAUAUAUUGGAUAGUUUUCUGUUCAGUGACUGGCAGACACUUGAUUCAUCGGCCAUAUUCCCAUUCCCUGAUCCAAAUUCGGUUUCUCCUAUAUAUUUCCCCGCAGUUCCGUGA